AGCAGCAUGUCGCUAUUCUUCUUCCGGUUGCACAAUCUCCAGCGCGAGGAGGCAAACAAGAAGCGCAAAAAGCAACAACAGCAGCAACAGCAGCAGCAGCGCCAGCGGCAACGGCGCGGUGCCAAAGUCUUCCGGGGUGUAUCCUGUAAUUCCGGCUUCAGCCACCUGACGCUUGGACCGUCUCGGCUCUUCGAGAAGACACCCAUGAGCCCGUCCGACAGUCUCGACGAGAUUGCACUGCAGAUCCCCAGAGUACGGGUAGAAUAUUAUGUAAAUGAAAACACAUUCAAAGAAAGACUGCAACUAUAUUUUAUAAAGAAUCAACGAUCAAGUUUAAGGAUCCGUAUCGCAAAUUUAUUCUUUAAGUUAUUAACUUGCAUACUAUACAUAUUUCGGGUAGUUACGGAUCUGAAUCCAACGUUUGCAACUUGUUACGGCUGUAAGGUGGGCAACAAAACGGAAUUCUUGUGGUCGGCAACACGUACCGAGGAAGCAUUUCAGGAAGAUCCCAUCAUCAAUUGGGACGCGAUCCUAUGGGUUAAUCGGCCAACCGAGCUGUGGGCCGUUCAGUUGGUGCUGGCACUUGUUUCACUCACAGAAGCGCUGCUCAUGGCGUACCUAGGAUAUAAGGGCAACAUCUGGCAGCAAAUUCUAUCGUUUCAUUUUAUUCUGGAGCUCGUUACAACGAUACCAUUCACAGUGACGAUUUUAUGGCCUCCAUUCAGGAACUUAUUCAUUCCAGUGUUUCUUAACUGCUGGCUCGCUAAACGAUCGCUCGAGAACAUGUUUAACGAUCUCCACCGAGCGAUGCAAAAGUCACAAUCAGCGCUAUCACAACAACUAACGAUACUGUCAGCAACUCUUCUCUGUCUAGUGUUUACAAGCGUUUGCGGUAUACAGCACUUUCAACGGGCUGGGCAUCGACACCUCAAUCUGUUUCAGAGCACCUAUUACGUGGUGGUAACAUUCUCGACUGUUGGGUAUGGUGACUUUGUGCCUGAUAUCUGGCCUUCCCAACUUUUCAUGGUCAUCAUGAUCUGUGUAGCACUGAUAGUACUUCCAACGCAAUUUGAGCAGCUGGCGUUCACGUGGAUGGAGCGCCAGAAGCUAGGAGGCAGUUACUCCUCACACCGGGCACAAAGUGAGAAGCACGUCGUUGUUUGUUCGACUACGCUGCACGCGGACACUAUCAUGGACUUCCUGAACGAGUUUUACGCUCAUCCGUUGCUGCAGGACUACUACGUCGUACUGCUCAGCCCAAUGGAACUCGACACCACCAUGCGAAUGAUCCUGCAGGUACCGAUCUGGGCUCAACGCGUCAUCUACAUCCAGGGCUCCUGUCUUAAAGACGGGGAUCUGGCGCGAGCUCGCAUGGCCGAAGCUGAGGCGUGCUUCAUACUGGCUGCCCGCAGCUACGCCGACAAGACAGCCGCGGACGAACACGCUAUUCUGCGUUCCUGGGCCGUGAAGGACUUCGCACCCAAUAUCCCACAGUAUGUGCAAAUUUUCCGACCAGAGAAUAAACUGCAUGUAAAGUUUGCCGAGCAUGUCGUCUGCGAGGAUGAGUUCAAAUAUGCAUUGCUCGCUAACAACUGCACAUGCCCCGGGGCGAGCACACUCGUUACGCUGUUGCUACACACUUCACGGGGACAGGAAGGCCAACAGUCUGCGGAAGAGUGGCAUCGGUUGUACGGCAAAUGCUCAGGCAACGAGAUUUAUCACAUCGUGCUCGGGGACAGCCGGUUUUUCGGUGAAUACGAGGGGAAAAGUUUCACCUACGCCAGCUUUCAUUCGCAUCGCAAAUACGGAGUGGCCUUAGUCGGAGUGCGACCCGCAGAGCUGCCUGAGUUUUAUGAAGAAACGAUCUUGCUCAAUCCUGGACCGCGCCACAUUAUGAAGAAGGAUGACACUUGCUAUUACAUGAGCAUCACCAAAGAGGAAAACUCGGCCUUUGUGGUGAACCAGAACCAAAAUCAAAGUCCCGAUCAACCUCCGAAGGAAGUAACCGCGAACAACAACAACAACAACAGCAGUAGCAACAACAACCACAACAUCAACAACAACAUCGUCAUCGGUGCCAGGGGUAGUUCCGUACCACCCAUGGCCCCAGUGCCUUCGGUCUGUGUGCGCGUGCCGCAUAGUCCCAGUCUCAAUUCGACCAACUCUGACAGUCCCGGCUCACCGUGGGCUAUUAGCAAGACGGUCGGUCACGACUUCACGACACUGGCCGUGCCAACGACCUACACGGAAAGUGUUACUACUGGCGGAAGCAAUGCGGUGGCAGGUACUACAGCUGUCACCAGCACUAUCACUAUAUCGGAUUCCAAGCCCAAUCUCAAAGAAAGUGUGGUCGCCCCCUUCGCUGGGAAUACUCAAACCACCACCGCAACUACGACCACGACAACCCAAUCAACGUUAGGACCUCCAACUAUUUCAUCUGCAAACCAUCUCGAGAUACCUAGCGGCAACAAUCCAAAUCUGCUCAGUCCAGAUAUCCUCAAUCAACGAAGAGGCAGUCGAAGACCAUCGAUUCUACCAGUGCCGGACAUGUUCACAUCGUCAUCGUUUAGUAUCUCCGGCGAGGACGGAAUCGACGGGGAGGACAACGAGAGUGACGACGAAAUCGACGAUGACGUGCCCUGGCGAUCACCAUCGGAGAAAAUUGCUUGCGGAAGUGCAGAUCUUUCGCUCCUGCAAACGGUUUCGCUCGUUCUGAGCUCAUCCGGCGAAUCGAAAUGUUGUAGUUCAACAUCCGAUACCAAAGAUUCAACUCACACACCCCCUGCAUGGCAAACAGACUGUUCCCGGAUCGUGAAAGGGUUUCCACCGGUUUCACCCUUCAUUGGCGUAAGUCCAACUUUGUGUUUUCUACUCAAGGAAAAGAAACCUCUCUGCUGCCUACAACUUGCUCAAGUCUGCGAACAUUGUAGCUAUAGAAACGCAAAGGAAUACCAAUGGCAAAAUAAAACCAUAAUUCUAGCUGCCGAUUAUGCAUCCAAUGGCAUCUACAACUUCAUUAUUCCGUUGAGAGCUCACUUUCGUUCGAAAACGUCGCUCAAUCCGAUCAUCCUAUUGCUGGAACGACGACCCGACAUUGCCUUUUUAGAUGCUAUCUCCUAUUUCCCACUGGUGUAUUGGAUGCUGGGCUCAAUCGACUGCCUAGACGAUCUACUUCGGGCUGGUAUUACUUUGGCGGAGAAUGUUGUUGUCGUGAACAAGGAGCUAUCAAAUUCAGCCGAAGAAGAUACACUAGCUGACUGUAAUACCAUCGUUGCUGUGCAGACUAUGUUUAAAUUUUUUCCAAGCAUUCGUAGCAUCACCGAACUGUCCCAAAGCUCAAAUAUGAGGUUCAUGCAGUUCCGCGCUCACGACAAAUACGCACUGCAUCUCAGUAAAAUGGAGAAGCGAGAGAAGGAGCGAGGCUCUCACAUAUCAUAUAUGUUUCGGUUACCAUUUGCGGCCGGCAACGUUUUCAGUGCUUCAAUGUUGGACACACUGCUUUAUCAAGCAUUCGUGAAGGACUAUGUGAUUACAUUUGUGCGACUGUUGCUCGGCAUCGAUCAAGCACCGGGCAGUGGGUUCCUCACUUCGAUGAAGAUCACGAAAGAUGACAUGUGGAUACGUACAUACGGCCGGCUGUAUCAGAAGCUUUGCUCCACCACGUGCGAAAUUCCGAUUGGUAUCUACCGUACCCAGGACACGUCCAAUGCGGAUGCAUCACAUGUGAGUAAUUCGCCAGUCGCCGAAAAAUGGCGUCCGUUUGGAUCUUUCGGGACCUUUAAACAUUGUGUGCGGUUGCGACCAUCGCGAGGACUUUACCAAGAAAGCAAUGAUACGAACCUAUCAAAAUAUGAAGAGGAAGUGGUUACAACUACCGCCACCGCUAGUAGUACAUCGGCCAGUGGUGUACCGAUCAAGGGUGUUGCGGAAGCGAACCUCAGGGGUAUAACGUACCGGCCGCCGCCGUCUGUAAUCCGCAAGUCAUCGUCCUGUCUGGGUGGAUGCACCGCCCGUAAAGGAUCGAACUACUCAAUAAAUAUGGCAGACGAGGCGCGCGAUAAUCAUGUGCAACAGAUCGAACGGGCCGAGAUCGCAAAUCUGGUGCGCAGUCGGAUGGAGUCACUCAAUCUCCCUAGCAUCGAUUAUGACGACGUUAGUGAAAAGCGUAACCACUUGUCCUACGUUAUCAUCAACCCAUCGUGCGAUCUAAAGCUAGAGGAGGGCGAUAUCAUUUACCUGGUGCGACCCUCUCCCUUCUCGGCCCAGAAAACUUUUGAGCGGCACAACUCGCGCCGAAAAUCAAAUAUAUCAUUCUGCUCCAACAUCAAUCUGACGGCGGCGACGGCCGGUUCACGGCGCGGUUCCGGCAUCGGGCUGAAUACCAUCGGUGGACCUCAGCCGAUGUCAGGUUACGUAACGCCCCGGGCGCCUCCGCUGGUCACAACAAAAUCGAAUUCUCUAUCUCUUCCAGAUAGUCCUAAUGCAAUGGGACAGAUGCGGGGAAGGAGCAACUCCUUAAGGAUUGACAGCGACAUCCUACUUAGACGGUCCAAUUCACUGCGACAGGGACUACCGAACAUCGGAGCAUCGGGACGUCGGAAGUCAUCGUUGGAAGAGAUUGGUAUUAGCCACUUUGCGACACUGAUGCAAGCGACAAAUCACUCGAAUCCAAUCAAGAUUGCUUUGAACGGAAGCAUCGGAUUGGAGGUAACUCCUCCAGAAGAACCAUUACCCAUCAUUGGAGUACCUUGUCUGAGCGGUGGUAUUAAUCCGUCCACUCUCGGUGGACCUGGUUCCGGGCUGGGAGGAUCGACACUCGGCGGUUCCACACUAGGUGGUUCCACGCUUGGACUAUGCACCUCAAUAGAUACCAAUAAUAGCGCCUCCACGCCGAACAUUCAGAUGCAGAACGAAUCCUCCCAGCAACCGCAACAUUUGCAUGGUACGAUCGUAUGA